GAGGGCCAGCGCCGCCGGGCGAGGACGCCGCGCAAACCCGGGACAGGGCUGGGCGCAGGAACGGAGGAGAACGCAGACGGCUACGCAGACCUGAGUCUGCGGCCCUUGGGCGCGCGACACUAACGCGGAGCCACAGUGGCCAGAAGCGGGGAGGCGAGCGGCCACGGGAGAGUUCCGCACGGCUCUCCGCACCGACCGGGAAGGAGCGCCGGCUCCAAGGAGAGGCGCGCGUCCGAGGCGCGUGAAGAGCGCGCGGCUCGCACCCCCCGCGCGCUCCACGCGCGGUCCGGACAACCACAGCGCGGGCGGGUAUUAAGGGAGAAGGAGGAGGCGUGGUCUUUUCGGGACGAACCAAUGGGAUCGGGAGCGCUGCCUGGAGGCGGGGCUCAGGAUCCGGGCGCUGAUUGGCCAUCCCGCCCUCCGGGUAAAAGAACAGGAAACACAAGAAGAGGAACGUUUGAUGGAAGAAAAGAAAAAGAAAAAGCAGGAAGACAAGAAAAAGAAGGAAGGUGCUCAGAAAAAGGCUGCUGAUCAAAAAACCAAAGUGCCAGAACUUACUAAGACCUGUUCAAGCCAGCCCCAACCUGCCGGUACCAGUUCCAGUACUUCCACCAGCACUAUUUCUAGCGGCAGCAAUGGCAAACGUGCAUCUGCCUGUGGCCAGCAGCCUGCUGCAUCCCGUUACCUGCCUCGGGAGGUGCCUCCACGCUUUCGCCAGCAAGAACAGAAGCAGCUGUUAAAGAGAGGCCAGCCAUUGCCCACAGGGAGUCUGACCAGUGUGAGCCCAGCACAGGCUGCUGGACCUGCAGGCACCAGCCCUCCUCCCCUCCCUGGAGCUGGGGCCCAGCAACAUCCCAGCAAACUCCAGCAAGAUCUUGGUAACAGUGGAUUGGUAGAUCAUUAUGAAAAUUCCCACUGGGGACAGCAUCCCUCUUACAGAAGUGAAGCCAACUGCAGCUGGGAUAAAGUGAUCAUAGACAGGACUGACCAGGAGGUGUGGCCGUCCAUCCCAGUAACCGAGACGGAAUCUGCCUCAGAAUGUCCUACCGACACUGACUCUGCCUCCAACUGUGGCUCAGAGAACAGUAGCAUGGCUACAGGGAGUGCCCAGAGCAGCUUCCCUGGCCACCCGAAGAAGAACGCCAGUCACGGCACCAAUGGCGCACUCGUCCAAAGCUCUUCUAACCAGAGUGCCCUUGGGGCAGGAGGAACCAAUGGGAACGGGGGUGUGGCCAGAGUGUGGGGUGUAGCCACAGGCUCCAGCUCUGGCCUAGCUCACUGCUCUGUUGGUGGUGGAGAUGGGAAAAUGGACAACAUGAUUGGAGAUGGGAGAAGUCAGAAUUGUUGGGGUGCUUCCAACUCCAAUGCGGGCAUUAAUCUCAACCUUAAUCCUAAUGCCAACCCAGCUGCCUGGCCUGUACUUGGGCAUGAAGGAACUGUGGCAACAGGCAACCCUUCCAGUAUUUGCAGUCCAGUCAGUGCCAUAGGUCAGAAUAUGGGCAGCCAGAAUGGGAACCCAGUGGGCACCCUAGGUGCCUGGGGAAACUUGCUGCCCCAAGAGAGCACAGAACCACAGACAUCCACUUCUCAGAAUGUGUCUUUCAGCGUACAACCUCAGAACCUUAACACUGAUGGACCAAAUAACACUAACCCCAUGAACUCUUCACCAAACCCUGUCAGUGCAAUGCAGACAAACGGACUGCCAAACUGGGGCAUGGCUGUUGGCAUGGGGGCCAUCAUCCCACCCCACCUGCAAGGCCUUCCUGGUGCUAACGGAUCAUCAGUCUCUCAAGGCAGUGGGAGUGGUGGGGAAGGAAUGGGCAGUUCUGUGUGGGGACUGUCCCCUGGUAACCCUGCCACAGGAAAUGCCAGUUGUGGGUUCAGUCAGGGGAAUGGAGACACUGUGAACUCAGCAUUAAGUGCUAAGCAGAAUGGAUCCAGCAGUGCUGUGCAGAAGGAAGGGAAUGGAGGGAACGCCUGGGACUCGGGGCCUCCUGCAGGACCUGGCAUCCUUGCCUGGGGUAGGGGCAGUGGCAACAAUGGCAUUGGUAAUAUCCAUUCAGGAGCUUGGGGCCACCCCAGUCGAAGUUCUUCUAAUGGUGUGAAUGGGGAGUGGGGGAAGCCCCCAAAUCAGCAUUCCAGUAAUGACAUCAGUGGGAAAGGAUCAACAGGGUGGGACAGUGCCAGUGCUGCCAGCCAGACCCCUGCCCUGCAGCCUGGCAGUGAACACAUGAACUCGUGGGCCAAAGCCACAUCUUCUGGAACUACAGCAAGUGAAGGAAGCAGUGAUGGGUCCGGCAAUCACAAUGAAGGAAACGCUGGGAGGGAAGGAACAGGAGAGGGCCGGAGGCGAGACAAAGGGGUUCUAGACCAAGGGCACAUCCAGUUGCCAAGGAACGAUCUUGACCCAAGAGUUCUGUCUAAUAGUGGUUGGGGACAGACUCCGGUAAAGCAAAACACUGCCUGGGAAUUUGAAGAGUCCCCUAGGUCUGAAAGGAAAAAUGACAAUGGGACAGAGGCCUGGGGUAGUGUAACUACUCAGCCUUCAAACUCAGGGGGGAAGCCUGAUGGGUCCAUCAUGAACAGUACAAAUACCUCUUCAGUAUCGGGGUGGGUCAGCUCACCACCCACCGCCGUGCCAGCAAACACAAGCUGGGGAGACAGCAACAACAAAGCGCCAAGUGGCCCAGGAGUUUGGGGGGACUCAAUAAGCUCUACUGUUGUUAACAAUGCUGCUGCCACCAAGAGUGGCCAUGCUUGGAGUGGGACUGUAAACCAAGAGGACAAAUCACCCACCUGGGGUGAGCCCCAGAAACCCAAAUCCCAAAACUGGGGAGAUGGACAAAGAGCAAACCCAGCCUGGAGCGCAGGAGCAGGAGACUGGGCAGAUUCAUCAUCUGUCCUUGGACAUCUAGGGGAUGGAAAGAAAAAUGGAUCUGGAUGGGAUGCUGAUGGCAAUAGGUCAGGGUCUGGUUGGAAUGAUGCCACGAGAUGUGGGACCAGUGGCUGGGGCAGUGGCACAAAUGCUAAGGUGAAUCCAGGUACAAACUGGGGGGAGUCUCUCAAGCCUGGUCCCCAGCAGAGCUGGGCUCACAAGCCCCAAGACAACAAUGUGAGUAACUGGGGAGGAGCUGCUUCUGUUAAGCAGACAGGGACAGGGUGGAUUGGGGGGCCACUGCCAGUCAAGCAGAAGGACAGCAGUGAGGCGACUGGCUGGGAGGAGCCUUCCCCACCCUCCAUCCGACGCAAAAUGGAAAUUGAUGAUGGUACCUCAGCUUGGGGGGACCCAAGCACCUACAACAAUAAAACUGUAAACAUGUGGGACAGAAACAAUCCAGUCAUCCAGAGCAGUACCACAGCCCCUGCCACCCCCACGACCCCCACCUCGAGCAGCACCACACACCGGGCCGAGACGCCGCCUUCACACCAGGCUGGCACUCAGCUGAAUCGGUCACCACUGCUCGGGCCAGUUUCAUCCGGCUGGGGAGAGAUGCCCAAUGUUCACUCCAAGGCGGAGAACUCCUGGGGAGAGCCAUCUUCCCCUUGUCCCCUGGUCGACAAUGGCACAGCAGCAUGGGGGAAGCCCCCCAGCAGUGGCAGUGGGUGGGACCAUCCUGCUGAGCCCGUGGUGCCAUUUGGAAGAGCCAGCGCUCCUGCUGCUGCCCCAGCCCUGUGCAAACCAGCUUCCAAAUCUAUGCAAGAAGGCUGGGGCAGUGGUGCGGACGAGAUGAACCUGGGCACCAGCCAGUGGGAGGAUGAGGACGGGGACAUGUGGAACAAUGCUGCCUCCCAAGAAAGCAGCUCAUCCUGCAGCUCCUGGGGCAAUGCCUCAAAAAAAGGACUUCAGAAGGGCAUGAAGACACCUGGCAAACAGGAUGAGGCCUGGAUCAUGAGCCGGCUGAUCAAACAACUCACAGACAUGGGCUUCCCGAGAGAGCCAGCUGAAGAGGCCUUGAAGAGCAACAGUAUGAACCUUGACCAGGCCAUGAGUGCUCUGCUGGAAAAGAAGGUGGACAUGGACAAACGUGGACUGGGAAUGACCGACUACAAUGGAAUGGUCACCAAACCCCUCGGCUGCCGCCCACCAAUCUCCAAAGAGUCUUCCAUGGACCGCCCCACCUUCCUUGACAAGCUCACCCUUUCUUUCUCCAAUCAGGAUGGCGGCCUCGUGGAAGAGCCCACGACUUCACCGUUUUUGCCUUCCCCAAGCCUGAAGCUCCCCCUUUCCAACAGUGCACUCCCCAAUCAGGCCCUGGGUGGGAUUGCCUCAGGGCUGGGCAUGCAAAACUUGAACUCUUCUAGACAGAUCCCGAGUGGCAAUCUGGGUGUGUUUGGCAGUAGCGGAGCAGCACAAGCCAGGACCAUGCAGCAGCCGCCAGUGCAGCCUCUUAAUUCCUCCCAGCCCAGCCUCCGCGCUCAAGUGCCUCAGUUUCUAUCCCCUCAGGUUCAAGCACAGCUUUUGCAGUUUGCAGCAAAAAACAUUGGUCUCAGCCCUGCACUAUUAACCUCGCCGAUUAACCCUCAGCAUGUGACGAUGUUGAACCAGCUCUAUCAGUUGCAGCUGGCAUACCAACGUUUACAAAUCCAGCAGCAGAUGUUACAGGCCCAGCGGAAUGUCUCUGGACCCAUGAGGCAACAGGAGCAGCAAGUUGCGCGCACAAUCACUAAUCUGCAGCAGCAGAUUCAACAGCACCAGCGCCAGCUGGCCCAGGCCCUGCUUGUAAAGCAGCCUCCACCUCCACCACCCCCGCCGCACCUGUCUCUGCACCCCUCUGCAGGCAAAUCGGGCAUGGAGAGCUUCCCCCCUCACCCCCAGGCUCCCGGCCUUCCCGACCUGCAGACCAAAGAGCAGCAGUCUUCACCUAACACCUUUGCUCCUUAUCCUCUUGCUGGCUUGAACCCAAACAUGAAUGUCAACAGCAUAGACGUGAGCAGUGGCGUGUCUGUGAAGGACCCGUCUCAGUCCCAGUCUCGCCUGCCUCAGUGGACACAUCCCAACUCCGUGGGCAACUUAUCUACUGCUGCUUCUCCCCUGGACCAGAAUCCUAGCAAGCAUGGUGCUAUCCCUGGAGGUCUAAGCAUCGGGCCUCCAGGUAAGUCCUCCAUUGAUGACUCUUACGGCCGGUACGAUUUAAUUCAGAACAGUGAGUCACCAGCCAGUCCUCCUGUAGCUGUUCCCCAUAGCUGGUCACGUGCCAAAUCUGACAGUGAUAAAAUCUCAAAUGGCUCCAGCAUCAGCUGGCCCCCAGAAUUCCAUCCUGGAGUUCCAUGGAAAGGACUUCAGAAUAUUGAUCCUGAGAAUGAUCCUGAUGUCACUCCUGGCAGUGUCCCUACAGGACCGACCAUCAAUACCAGCAUCCAGGAUGUCAACCGCUACCUCCUCAAGAGUGGAGGUAAGCUGUCCGAUGUUAAGUCAACAUGGUCCUCAGGCCCAGCCUCUCACACGCAAGCCUCUCUGUCUCAUGAGCUGUGGAAGGUACCCAGAAACACUACUGCACCCACCAGGCCGCCUCCAGGCUUAGCCAAUCCCAAGCCUUCCUCCACCUGGGGCACCAGCCCCCUCGGCUGGACCAGUUCCUACUCCUCGGGCUCUGCGUGGAGUACUGACACCUCAGGAAGAACAAGCAGCUGGCUCGUGCUGCGCAACCUCACACCCCAGAUUGAUGGUUCUACACUGCGGACACUGUGUUUGCAGCAUGGGCCUCUCAUCACAUUCCACCUGAACCUAACCCAAGGCAAUGCUGUGGUCCGCUACAGCUCCAAGGAAGAAGCUGCCAAGGCCCAGAAGUCUCUGCACAUGUGUGUACUGGGAAACACCACCAUCUUGGCUGAGUUUGCUGGUGAAGAAGAAGUGAACCGGUUUCUGGCCCAAGGUCAAGCCCUUCCACCCACCUCCAGCUGGCAGUCCAGCAGUGGGGGCAGCCAGCCCAGGCUGGGCACCUCGGGCAGCACCCAUGGCCUAGUGCGCAGCGACACUGCCCACUGGAACACCCCAUGCCUGAGUGGCAAAGGCAGCAGUGAGUUGCUGUGGGGUGGGGUCCCCCAGUACUCCAGCAGCCUGUGGGGCCCACCCAGUGCUGACGAUGCCAGAGUGAUCGGCAGCCCCACGCCUCUCAACACCCUGCUGCCUGGGGACCUGCUCAGCGGCGAGUCCAUCUAGGGGGUCACGGUCACUGCGGAGAAGAGAGCUGACCAUGCCAGGCCUGGCUCUGAAGCUCCACCUUAUGGACAAGCUGCCCCUUUGAGUACCUCUGUCCAGUUCUGAAGAUGAACCUUGGCCUCAGCCCUUGCGAACUGUUGAAGACAGUGCGGGCUGAGUUUGGUCAGUGUCAUGUGCUAAUGACAGGAUGUUCCUCCUAGCUUUUUAUUUCAUGUCGUCUUAUGUUUGUACAGUGUGUUGUCAUUUUGAGUUUUAAGUAUAAAAGCUGCUUAGAAUAGUUCUAUCAUGAAGGGCACUUUUCAGAUUGUGGGCUGGAAAGGGUUAUUUUAUGGUGGGGUGGGGGGGAGACUUGAAGCCUAUUUAAAGUGAGCCUGUGACGAUUAUGCACAUUACCAGAGGCGGUGGGCGGGACAGGCAGCUGCAUUGUGCGAGGAGCACCGAGCUGAGGCCCAUGGCCAGUGCUCUGUCCCCCGGAUCGCCUGCGCACAUUACCCUUGUUUCGUUACCUUUUCAUGUCAUUUUUUUUUUAAUCCCCAAAAAAUAUUUUUUAAAAGUUAAAAAAAAAAAAAAAAGACAUAUCAAACAUGCAAAUACUUGAACCCAGCAGGCCAAUACUGAAAUGUGAACACUUCCACGGUGGCACCGUGCACAGACACAGGCUCUAGGAAAUGUCUACGUUCAUAGCCUACAUGUGCGUGCGUGUGUGCAUGUGCUCGUGUGGUACGGUGUGCAGAGUGUGUGUGAGCGUGCUCUUGUGCAGUCUGCUUGCUGUGCGUGCGUGUUGGAGAGCAUGGGAGGGACUUAACUGUGGGUUUCCCUUCUUGUCAGUAUAUGCUUCUGCUUUUGUUUUUUUGUUUUUUUUUUUUUGUUUGUUUGUUCGUUUGUUUGUUUUUGGCCUUGGUCAGAUGUUCUCAUUGUUGUUGUUUGCUUCUAACCUUGCACUGAGUGUCCCUGCCCUUCCCUUAGCCAAUCCUAAACAGAAAGAGAAUUUGCAGGACAGGGCUGGUGACAAUUCAUGUGUAAAUGUUUACUCAAGGACUCUGUUGUUGCAUUUAAAGUUACAGUGUCUAUCUCUGGAGAAAUAAUGUGUCUGUCUACCGUUAGCAGCUUAUCAUUGUGGACUAAUGCAAGAAGAUUAUUACCAGAGUAUUGCACCACUUCCCAUCUGGAAUAUAAAGUUAAAGAGAAAAACAAACUGUUGUUGAACUGUGGCCAUAGAUACUUGUAGAGACUGGUGCCGCGAGGAGCGGCCGAGCACUUGGACGUGGUUGUGACUGCUUUUGGAGGAGCUUUGUUUGGGCUCCCACCUGUUUACAGACGUUUUUUUCUCCUUCAGACUUUAAAAUAAAAUUAAAAAACAAAAAAAAUUUUAAAAAUGUUAAAAGGAAUAAAAAAAGACUUCCAUCAUUAAAAAACAAAACAAAAACAAGCAAACAAACAGAAACCUAUUUUCAGAUGCAGAUGUAUGCUCCAGAGCUCUGGGACGCACCUGCUGUCCCUCGUACGGCGCGGACUCUGUGGACUGUCUCACCCCUCCUCAAGGUGACGGGCCCUCUAGGGCCCUGUCUUGCACACGCCAGCUCGCUCUCAGGAAGGCCAGGGCUCCCGAGGGCGGCGCCACACCACUUCAUGUAUUUUUAAACCCAACUCCUAGCACUGAAGAUGUUAUUUAAAAAAAGAAAGAAAGAAAAAAAAAAGAAAGAAAAAAGAAAAAAAAACCACACACACACAAAGAAGAAAAAUACCUAAUCUCUAAUGUGUAGCAGUUACAUAUUUACCAAAUAAUGGACUCAAGAAAUAGAUGUUUGAAGAGUGCUUUAUAUAUUAAAAAUUGCUUUAUGUUUUAAAGAUGAUCAAUGUUUUGAUUGUUUUACAAGGAAGAAAGACAAUGAAAUAACACACCCUCAAGUAUGUUUUAGAAAAAUAUAUGAACAUUGUACUCCCUGCCUAUGUGGUCGGGGAAACUUGUGCAUUACAUUUUUUUAAUUAGCUUUUUAAUGGUUUUAUCAAAAAGAAAGAAAGCAAGUCCUGCAAGAUUGCAGAAAAGCACUGUUUUCUAGAGGAUCAGGAACUAUGCACAACUGGGUUCAAAACUUGUUCGAGUUUUGUCAUGUAUCCCACGGAAUGGCCCUCCUCAGAGUGACUGCAUCUCAUCGCCAUUACGUGCGUCCUAGAUAUUUGAUGUAUGUAUACCCGAGUAUGUAUAUCAAAUAUGUCCCUGUGCGUGCGUGCGCAUGCGUGCGCGCGCGCUCCCAGACGCACAGCUUGCCAUGCUGCCGUUUAGCACGAGUUGUAGAAAAGCUCCUGUUUUAAAACUGGGGAUGGGAGUAAGGAUGUUUUCAGUUUUUGUGGGCUUUCCGCCCUUUUUUCCUUUUUGAACCUUUUGAAUUUCAAUGUCUCUGACUCUUAAGAUUAAAAGAAAAAAGUUUGUGGCGCUUGAUGCCCUCCUCUUGGAAUGUGAUGGUUGGACGCACACCGGAGGUUGCUUUCAAAAAAUGCAGCGCUUUGUUGAGUCUUAAUAAACUGCAGUUUUCCUUGGC